AUGAAGACCUGGGUUUAUCCAACGAAUCUUGGCGCCAUUCGGGACUACCAGUUCAGCAUCGUAAAGAACAGCUUGUUCAACAACACGCUCGUGGCGUUGCCAACAGGACUGGGCAAGACCUUUAUCGCGGCCACGGUCAUGUUGAACUUUUACAGAUGGACAAAGUCAGCCAAAUUGGUCUUCGUGGCCCCAACCAAGCCUCUCGUGGCACAGCAGACGACGCUCCUGACAGGCGAUAUCCCGCCGGCGUUGCGCGUGGACGAAUGGGCGACGAAGCGUGUCUUCUUCAUGACACCGCAGACUCUACUCAACGAUCUUUCCCAUGGCUACGCCGACCCGAAGAGUAUAGCGCUUUUAGUCGUCGACGAGGCGCAUCGCGCCGUGGGAGAGUAUGCAUACGCAAAGGUGACCAAGCUCAUCCGUCGUUUCUCAAAGAGCUUCCGUGUUUUGGCCCUGACCGCGACGCCGGGGUCCAAGAUUGAGACCGUGCAAGAGGUCAUCGACAACCUAGGCAUAUCUCACUGCGAAAUCCGGACCGAGGACUCCAUCGAUAUCCGGCAAUACGUGCAUCAAAGGAACAUCGAUCCCAUGGUCCUCGACCCCUCGGAUGAAAUGAACCUGGUUUGUGAGUUGUUCACAGAGGCGCUCAAGCCGCUCGUGGACAAGUUGGGCUCGCAGAACAUCUACUACGGGCGAAAUCCCAUGGCACUGACGGCGUACGGCUUGAUGCAAGCGCAGAAGGAAUGGUUUGCCACGCGGGGGCAGCACGUGAACCAGGGCGUCCAGUUCAUGAUGCGAGCCAUCUUCAGCGUCCUGACCGGCCUCGCCCACUCUAUUAAACUCCUCAACUUCCACGGCAUCAAGCCAUUUUACGACAACAUGGUCGACUUUCGCAGUGAACAGGAGGGCAGAGGGGAGAAGGGAUCGAAGUACAAGCGCCAGCUCGUCGAGCACCCCAGCUUCCAAGAAAUGAUGAACAAGUUGACGGCUUUGGCAGACGUCGUCCUGAACCAUUUCAUGGACAAGGGCGAAGGCUCAGCGACGCGCGUCAUUGUAUUCAGCGAGUAUCGCGACUCAGCAGAGGACAUCGUGCGGAUACUCAACAAGCAUCGGCCACUCAUCAAAGCUAGUGUCUUUGUCGGGCAGGCGGAUGGCAAGCGCGGUGAAGGCAUGAAACAGGCACAGCAGAUCCAGACCAUUGACAGAUUCAAGAAGGGAGACUUCAAUGUCCUCGUUGCCACCUCGAUCGGCGAAGAGGGUUUGGACAUUGGGCAGGUCGACCUCAUCGUCUGCUAUGACGCAUCCGCGUCACCGAUUCGGAUGCUGCAGCGGAUGGGACGAACUGGUCGAAAACGAGCGGGCAACAUCACUCUUCUCCUGAUGAGGGGAAAGGAGGAAGACCAGUUUGCCAAGUCCAAGGACAGUUACGAGAAGAUGCAAAGCCUCAUCUGCGAGGGCAGCCGGUUCAACUUUCGCUUCGAUCUCUCGACGCGCAUUGUUCCAAGAGAUGCCCGCCCGGAGGACCAGUCCUUGCCGGAGCCCAAGAAGCGCCGCGCGCCACCGGGCAAGAAGAAACCGCCAAAGAAGUUCCAUAUGCCCGACGGCGUGGAGACAGGCUUUCAAUCGGUGGCGCACUUGAUGAAGCAGGCGCCAAAGGCAGGCGCGGCGAAGCGGCGGCGAGAUGCAGAACUUGACAAUGUUGCCGAUGUGCCCGGUUUGGAGAAGGUGGUGCUCACCAGCGAGGACCUCCAGGAGCUGAACCGGUCCUAUCGCGAUCUGCCUUUCAACCAUAGCGUGGUUGAGGAGACAGACAUGCCUAGCAUGGUCUCGCAUCCGCACCUGCAAAGGGGACUACAGCCAGUCGUCAAGGUAAAGCACAGUACCCAUACGCGGCGAUGCGUUAAAGCCCUAGGCAAGAUGGGUCUGAACCCUGACGAAUUGGUGAGACCUUGCCGGGAGGUGGACGGGAGUAACUACCGGGAGAUUCCUGUCAGGCCCUUUGUGCGCUCGGACGGAGAGGAAGACAGCGACGACAAGGUUGAGUCACUCGCUACGACCAAGAAGCAAACUGCCCGGGGGAGAUUCUCGGUCCUUGGAAGCAAGAGGGACGAGCCUCAACGGAAGAGGAAGAUGUCGCAAGUCACAGCCUCCCCGGAAUCAGAACAGAUGGGCUCCGAGGGGGAAGAAGAGAUGGUUUCCAAACGCCACAAGAGCCAACCCGGGCGAGGCCGAAAGCCAAAAGGCGACAUCGAGUAUACUGGAUUCGCAAGCCACGUCUCCCAUAUCCGCUACUAG